AUAACGAGUGCAGCCAAAGCCAGGAUUGAUUUUGGCAUCAGUUUAGCUGUGCUUAACUUGUCCUGGGAAUAUUCAGUAUUUUUGCCGAUAACUUAUCACCAUCAUGCGUAUGCAUUUAUAACUUUCUUCUCCCAGCCGAGAAAGCACGACGUUACGUCUUCCUGUGCGACUGACCUUGUCAUAGCCCAACGCUAACCUGCGUUAGCUGUCUGAGCUAACUGUUUCCGAGAGUUACUCAGCUAAUGCUCGGAUUUCUUCUACUCUCACUGUUUUUGUUGCCUUCGUGAUGGAAGAUGAAGCCUUCACUGACAUUAAUGGCAAAGCCAUAUCUCUGGACUGUCACAGUCACUCGGGCUUUUGCAGGGAGUUCACUGUCAGCUCCCCCAAAGUGUCCGUCGGGAAAGUGAUGGUGUACACCUGCUGCGUGUGGCUGCUGGCAUACACCGUGUUCUUCUUCACUCAGAACACUGCUGUUCUGUCCAGUGCCAUACUCAUCACCCUGGUUGGGAUGAUGUUUCACAUCCACUUUGUGAAAGUCGACCAUGAGUCGCUGCUUGUCAUCGGCUCUUUAGGCAUUCAGGUGUCCUCCUGCUACGCCUCAGGCCGUGAGACCACCACAUUCAUUGAGAUGAGCAAGAUCAAGGAUAUUGUCAUCAAUGAAGCUAUUUACAUGCAUCAGAUCAUCUACUACCUUUGUGUGCUGUUGAAGGACCCUGCCGAGCCUAAAGCAGUGUCAAGUGUUGUGCCAUUGUUUCAGAGUUCAAAGCCGAGACUGAACUGCUUGGUAAAAGUCUACAAAAGCUGUCAGGAGAUUCUUUCAAAGUGCUGACGACACACAAGCCAUACGUUUGCAAUGCUUCUGGUCAUCCAUUUUAAUGUUUCUUUGCUUAUGUAAAGUUUCAAUGGAUAAAAGCAGAAAGCAGGUCGCUCUUA